AAAUACAUAUGUGUGUAUAUUCUCUCGUUUUUCUUUUAGCCAUAAAAAAUAUCAGCCAUUCAUGUCGCGAAUAUCCGAAUACAGUCUAGCUCACGAUCUACAGGAACAGAAUGUAGCCAUUGCUGGUAGUGAUUCGUACAGCGUUAGACAUGAUAGUGACCAUUCUUCUCCAAGUUUACAUUCACCAGCCAUACAUCAAUCCGCAUAUGAAACAGAAAUAAUUGAUAGAACUUUGCAACAGAGUGAAACGAAUACAGUAUACUCUUCGCCUUUUCUAGCUACAGCAUCGCCCUUACUAAAUUCCAAUUUACCAUUACACACAAAUAAUCAAGUCAUGCUAAACAAAUUUCUAGCGCAUCCCAAUAUGGUGGCCGUAUCUGUACCAGUGCUCGAAAUAGAAGACUGUCCAACCAGUGCUGAUGCCGCAGCGUGGAAUUACAAUGAUUACAAGGACGAAAUGUGCGCCGUAAACUGUUCGUACUUGGAAAGACAACAGAAAGUGAACGAAGUGAAAUUUCGUACUGGAGUCAAUGCCGCAAAAUGUGCCAAAGAAACCAGAAUACGUAGACCAAUGAACGCCUUUAUGGUGUGGGCGAAAGUAGAGCGAAAAAAACUGGCCGACGAAAAUCCAGAUCUCCACAAUGCGGAUCUUAGCAAAAUGCUAGGGAAAAAAUGGAGAUCACUUACUCCUCAGGAUAGACGGCCUUAUGUAGAAGAAGCAGAACGUCUCCGAGUCAUACACAUGACCGAAUACCCUAACUACAAAUAUCGACCACGUCGAAAGAAGCCAUCGAAAGUUCGUGCUGCGCAACCAGCUCCGAAGGAACAAAGCGGUACACCAAAUCAAGCCACUACCGGCAAUAAAUCAAAUUCCGUCGCUCAAAAACAAUCUAACUCUCCAUCGAUGAAUCAGUCAUUCAAUCAGUUGACCGAUGACAAUUCAGCAACAUGUUUUCAGGGUCAAGGGGCGCCGACAAUCCCUGCAAAACCUAGCAUUUAUGAGCAAGCACUGCGGUCAAAUUACUCUCCUUCCACCACAGGCGAUUGUUUCAGUAAUCCCGACACCAUCGAAUCCAUCACUUGUCGGUCUUCCUUGUCCAAUAACGAGUCAAUAACAACUGGCGCACAGACAUCGAACACGAAAGGUAAUAGUCAGUCGACGGGAACUAAACAAACAAAACCCAAUCGGAACCAGUCAUCGAAUGCGAAAAAUUCUGAUAAGGAUAUAGUAAAAGUAACUAGGUAUGGCAAAAUGGAUUCAAAGACGCAACAAAGUCCUCUCAUGACAUAUCCUCUGUCAACGACGCCGAAAGCCGUCGUCACCACAAGGGGCAUGUAUGUAACGUGCAAUAGUCGAGGUAUUCUGGAUCAUGGAUAUUCUGUAAAAGGCACAUUUUAUCCGCCCGUUUCCGCUGCCGAAAAUCCUUCGAUACGCAAUACUAACUCGGGUCAAACAAUGACUAAUUGCGACGUUGGCACAGCUUUCACCACAUCAUCAGAAAAUACGAUAAGCUCCAAUUGUGGGUCGAGCUAUCAAUCUAUAUAUACUCAGGAUACAGGCAUUCCCAGUUCUAGCGCACAACUUCAUCAAAGCAUUCCUCACUCAACCGAUAGCUUUGCAACGCUGCCCAGCUCCUACGCGCCGAGUGUGCACUUUGAUGAAUUCGCACGAUACUCUAGCGGAAUCGAGGGAGAUUUUACGCAUGCCAUUUCUGACAGUGGGCUAGAUCAAGGCAGAAGUGAUGUUGGCAUGAAAUUUGCCAAAUAUCCUGACACAAAUCAUAAUUACGAUGAUUUUGAGGCAUAUAAUAGCUCAUUGGUCGUUUCUGCUGCAGCAUCAAAUUAUUAUACCCAGUUGCCGUACACUCUAGCCGCUACAAGUGCAUGUACUCCACCGGCGUCACUGGCAUUUCCGCUGCAGUUGACGUUGCCAUUGCAACAGCCAACCACUUCCGUAUAUACGCAUCCUCAUCACCACCAUCAUCCUACCCAUGCCACGCACCACCACCACCAGCAGAUACACAGUCAACAAUUACAAAACGGUUAUGCUCCUUAUAAUCACUUCAUUACAACUACAAACACUACCGCCGCCAUUGUCCCUACCAGCACACCAUUGACGUCCAUUAGCGCACCCAACAGUGCCAUUGGUGUUAUGGGCACUCAAAUGCAACAGUCGCCUGUAGCAACUUAUACGCGUAAUGGCACCGGAAACUCAGCGACCGUGGCGAAUGUUGAACGAAUAUUUGACGCACGUAAGGACGAGGAGAUUAGUAACAUAUUGGCUGGUGUCAGAAAAACCUGUUACAGCAAUUGACGAAAACAUGCAAUCGUAGAACAAGCAGAGUAUUUUAAACAUUGUGUAUGUAUGUGUGUACUGUAUGUUAUGUACGUAUGUAAAAGAAAGUUUUUUGAAUAACCCUGUACUAAUGUAUAUACGUUUUAUCAGAAAAAUAAUGUAUGUAUCGGUAAGCGACUUCUAACAAGUUCAAUGAGUUUUUUUUUGUAACAAAUCAAAAUUUUCUACGCAUGCAUACAGUAGUGUGAAAAAAUAGAAAUUGUGCAAAAUUGUAUAAUUUAG